UAUAAAACUUCAUUUUAGUUUUACUUGUGAUUUUUAACUUCAAAAAGUAAGAUGAAAAUUUUUCCCAGUCUGUCAACUUCAUACAUGCAGUAAUAUCUGAUUCCCCUACUCCUGUACUUACAUUCCUCUUUCUGCCUCCUGCCCUUCCCUGUCUCCCUUAUCAGAUAAUGAUUUGCAGAUAUUUUCUCUCAUUCUGUGGGAUUAGUUCUUUUCCUCAGCCCUGGGGACUGAACCCAGGCCCUUGUGCUUGCUAGGCAAGUUGCUCUACCAUUGAGUUAUAUUACCAGCCUCUGCUUUUAUAUAUAUAUAUAAUUUUUAAAGUCUGAGGGUCUGGCUCAGUUGCUCACACAGGCCUCAAACUUGGGAUUCUCCUGCUUUAGCCUCCUGAAUAUCUUAUUUUUGUAAGAGUCCAUCUUUUUUCUUUUGCAUAUGGAUAUCCAAUUUUCUGAGCUGAAAAAAUUUCCUUUCUCCUUUGAAUGAUCUUGGCAUUCUUUUUUUUUUUUUUGGCACAAGGGUACCAGGGAUUGAACUCGGGCGCUUAACAACCAUUGUGAGCCACAUCCCCAGCCCUUUCUUGUAUUUUAUUUAGAGACAGGGUCUCACUGAAUUGCUUAAUGCCUCGCUUUUUGCCGAGGCUGUUUGAACUUGUGAUCCUCCUGCCUCAGCCUCCCAAGCUGCUGGUGUUACAGGCAUGUGCCACCGUGCCUGACUGAUCUUGGCUCUCUUGUUGCAAAUCAUUUGAAGGUGUGAGUGAGAUCUGGCAGCAAGAAGUGUAUAGCAUAGUUGGUCUUUAAACUCUGGUCUAAUUUUGUGGGGACUAAAGAGAUUUUUCUGUGGUUUCAGGUCUCCUCAUAGGUUGUUUUGGAAUCAUGAGAGAUGAAAUUGCAGUAGCAGUUUUCUUUGUCACAAGAUUGGUGAAGGAACAUGAAAAACUGAGUAAACAGCAAAUAGAAAAAUUUGCAGAAAAGCUGAUGAUAAUCUUGUUUGAAACAUACAGAGGUCACUGGCACCCUGGUUGCCCUUCCAAAGGGCAAGCCUUCAGGUGUAUCAGGAUAAACAAUCAGAAUAAAGACCCCAUUUUAGAAAGGGCUUGUGCUGAGAGUAAUGUGAAUUUUUCUCACCUGGGACUUCCAAAGGAGCUGACCCUAUGGGUAGAUCCCUUUGAAGUGUGCUGUAGGUAUGGUGAGAAAAACCAUCCAUUUAUAAUUGCUUCUUUUAAGGGCAGAUGGGAGGAAUGGGAACUGUCCCAACAAAUCAGUUAUGCUGUUAAUAAAGCCACAUUAGACUACUCCUCUGGCACUUCUUCUGAUGAAGAAAGUUGUAGCAAGGAACCCCGGAUCAUUCCUAAAGUCAGCAAUCCGAAGAGUAUCUAUCAGAUGGAAAACUUAAGACAGCCCUUUCAAUCUUGGUUCCACAUCCCCCGCAAAAAGAAUGUGAUGGAUGGGCGCAUAGGCCUCCCAGGGAAUGUGCAUCAUGUCUUGCAUAAGAAUUUUAAGUGUUAUAGGCAGCCUGCUGCUGUGCACCGGGUGGACAGGUACCACUGGAUCAACACAAAACAUUAACAUGGUGGCCAGACGUGUGUUGGGAGAGAGAUCAGAGGAGAGGCUUCAUUUUCUCUAAAAAGAAAGCAAAUUGAAGGUUGAGAGGCCCAUGCAAUAGAAAAAAAAUAAACAACCACAUUAGGGACUGGAUUGUGUGAUGGUGAAUCCUCACACACAGAUCCCAACUCUGUUCUUAGCUGUGCUUUUUAAAAACAUACAUUGGACUUUAUUAAAAUUAAAUACUUUUGUUCAGCAAAAGGUAAUGAAAAAAGAAGCCACGGACUAAGAGAAAAUAUUUGCAAAUCACAUUUUGACCAAGAUUUAUAUCCAGAAAAAAUUUUAAAAAUCCUCAAGAUUCAAAUGAGAAAAUAACCAAAAAACAAAAUGGUCCCAAAUUCUGAACCCCUCACCUAAGAGAUAUAAAAAUGUCAAUAAAGAAGAUGAAAAUUAAGCAGAUAAAAAUUAAAACUACACUGAGAAUUGUAACAUGUACCAUACUGAUUCAGGAUACUGAUAUGUGUAUAUAAGGGCAGGAAGUAUAUGGAAAAUUUCUGUAUUUUCUCUUAGUUGUACUUUUAAUUCUUAGUUUUAUAUGAAGUUUUAUGUAAAACCAGUAAAUAUAUUCAAUAUGGUAUGAAAUGAAGCUAUUGACCUGGAUAAGAGUCAACGAAUUAUGACAAUUGACAGUUUAAAUAAAUGUACUGUUUUAAAUACUUUCAAAUAAAAAAAAAAAAAAAAAAGAAAGAAACUCAUUUGACCAUGUAUAUGGGGGUCUGUUUCUGGUUCCACUGUUAAUCUGAAUCCACAGAAUAUAGUCUAUAUAUAAACUAUAUUAAGACAUAUAGUUUGUAUGUCUGUACUUAUGUUAGAACUACACUGUUUUCAUUGUUGAAACUUUAUAGUAAGUUUUUUAAAAAAAUAUAUUUAUUUUUUAGUUGUAGCUGCACACAAUACCUUUAUUUAUAUGUGGUGCUGAGGAUCGAAACCAUGGCCUUGCACAUGCUAGGCGAGCAUUCUGCCACUGAGCCACCACCCCAGCCCCUUAGUAAGUUUUGAAGUCAGGAAGUAUGAGACUUUCAUUUUGUUUUCAGAAUGAUUUGAUUAUUCAGGGACCCUUGAGAUUUCAUAUAAAUUUGAGGAUAGAUUUUUUGUUUCUGCAAAAAUUGUUGAGAUUUGGGAAGGAAUUGCAUUAAACCUAUAGAUCACUUUGACUAGUAUUGACAUCUUAAUGAUAUUAAGUCUUCUGAACCAUAAACAUGAGAUGUCUCUCUGUUUAUUUGUGUCUUUAAUUUCUUUCAGCAGUGCUUUGUAGUUUUCAGUGUAUGUCUUUUAGCUAUUUGGUUAAGUUUAUUACUAAGUAUUUUAUUCUUUUUGAUGUUAGUGUAACUGAAAUUUUUAAAAAAUAUUUUUUUAAAAUUUUAAAAAUAUUUAAUAAUGCUCAUUAUUAAAAUAACUGAUUUUUUUAAACA